AUGUUCUUUUGUCUUUACAUCAUAAAGACUCAGACACUUCCCAAAUCUCAUGGGCUAUUUCAAGCGGCACCCCAGAACCCUUACAUUCCUCAAGUCAAGCUCCACACUGCCAUGACUCUCGAUAGGUCUCACGUUCCAAGGCUACCAGCAUUCACAUUUUGCCUCCGAUAUGCUCAGCUUCUCGUUGCCAUCGCUGUGUUAGGUCUGUCCGCUUAUGUCGUCACUUACUUCGCCUAUUCCGGUGCAUCCCUGUCAUUGUUCACGGCAAGUACUUCCCAUCAUCCUCAGAAGGCCACAUCUGACUUAUGUCAGGCAAUUGCCACAAUCACUAUUGCCGUCUACUACAUCGCCAGUGUUACCUUCCGUCCAGUGUUCUUCAACUACUGGGCAGUCAUUGGUCUCGAUAUCUUCGGCUUGAUUUUCUGGCUCACCUCCUUUGCCCUUCUCGCGUCGGAAGCAGCAGCAUGGACAGUCAUCACGCACUUCGGCGACAAUCGUGCGUACUCGACCACCGCAUACUGCUGUAGGAAACGCGCUCUGGUCCAAAAGCGCUCAACUGACCAUCACACCUAUCGCAAUGCCAUGGCGGCUGGUGCUGGGCUUGGCGGGUUGGAGUUUUUCAUUUUCUCGACCACUCUUGGCUUUACUGCCUUUGCUGUCUCAGAGCAUCGGCGGAGGGGCGGACACUGUAUACCUACCCCUGAGGUAGACCUUUUGGCGGCUGAGCAGAGAGACCAAGAAACCCUUGCACCACCACAGCAUCAGACUCAACCUGUAUCCUUACAAAGCCAAGUUCGGUUCUCGAAUGAUCGGAUAGGUACCAAUUCUUAUGUUUAGAUCAUCGCUGCUCUCAAGACAUCUUUAGUGCGGCUACUGCUGCUUGUAAUGUUCCUUUCGAGAUUAGAGCGAGCCAGAGUAAAGCAUGCAAUUUGAGAGGAUUGGGUCAAUCUACGGAAAAUUCAUGAUUGGCAUCCUUUUACUAUAAAAUCUCUCAUAUUACUGUGUCUACCUUCAACAUCACCAUAGAUCUGCCCAGGAAGAUGCGGAGGUCGGAACUAUCGUGAAGUUGCGAGAGGCAGACCC